GGACGGAAGCCCGGAGGGCCCUCCCUGCGCGCGCGUGCCCCGGAUCCAGGCGCCUGAGGACCCUGGAGGGGCGGAUCGGCGACGGAGGGGGACGCCGCCUCGGGGACCCACUCCUGGAAGCUCGCGGCGCCGUCCGCCGAGGGCCUGUGGGCGGCCGGGGUCCGCGGGGACGGCCGGACUCUACCCUCACGCCGCCCCGCGGUUGCCUCGCCCGCCGCGCGCACCUUCCCGCCUGUGCGGGGCCGCGGAGCGACACGAUUUUCCGGCCCUUCGGGGACCCAGGGGAAGGAAAUGACUUAGAGGCCUUAUGAAUACAUCUGUGCAUUCUUGCUUCAGACUUUACAGUUGAGGGCCAACCCAGUCUGGAAGCACUUCUUAUUAAUGUUACAAGGGAACCGCUACCUCAGCAAAGAAAAGGAAAGGAGAAGACGUACAGUGACAGAUGCCAUGUUUAAAGAAAACUUGUUUUCAGAAAACCCUACAGGAGAUUUGUAAGUUCGUAGCAUUGAGACGCUCUCCAGGUAAAUGGAUUUGACAGGCAGGCUCUGUCAAAAUUCUGCAGAGGUUUGCUCUUCCUUGCGGACUUGUGUGAAGUAACCCUGUACUGCUUUUUAAACUGCUGUUGACCAGCUUGGGGUUCUUUUUUGGUGUAUUGAAGAUACAUUAUAUUACAUUUUAAAAAGUUAAGUUAUUUUUCUGCCAUUCUAAAUAUAAGUAUCAAAAUAUUCUUGCAAAGCAAUUAUAAGUAAACAUUUUUCUCAGCAAGCAUAUCUUUUUAUUACGACUAGAAUGCUAAACUGUUCUUACACAGCAUUUUGGACACACUUUGAUUUUGUGUCAGAGGUCCUACCUACACUGAAAAUAUUAAUUAUAUAAUCCUGUUGUCUUUCCUCUAUGUUGGAUCACAUGGUCACCUGCCUCAUGGAAAUGCCUUUUUUAAAACUUAAAUUUGCAGAACUCCACUAUUUUUAUACCUAGCUACAGUUUUGAAACAAAAAGGACUUAGAACCCUGACCUGCCAGCAGUCCCUGGGACAGUUCCCUACCCGCAUGUAUUGCUGCAGUGCCCAGGACAGUAAAAUGGACUACAAGCGGCGCUUCCUGCUUGGCGGGUCCAAGCAGAAGGUGCAGCAGCACCAGCAGUACCCGAUGCCCGAGCUGGGCCGAGCACUGAGUGCUCCCUUGGCAUCAACGGCGCCCUCUGCCCCGCUGGGCAGUCUGACCGCUGCAGGCAGCUGCUACCAUGCCAUGCCCCACUCCACUCCCAUUGCUGACAUCCAGCAGGGCAUCUCCAAGUACCUGGAUGCCCUCAACGUCUUCUGCCGUGCCAGUACUUUCCUCACAGAUCUCUUCAGCACCGUGUUCAGGAACUCUCACUACUCAAAGGCCGCCAUGCAGCUCAAAGAUGUGCAGGAGCAUGUCAUGGAAGCAGCCAGCAGGUUGACAUCAGCCAUAAAGCCUGAGAUCGCCAAGAUGCUCAUGGAACUCAGUGCUGGGGCUGCAAACUUCACAGAUCAGAAGGAGUUCAGUCUUCAGGACAUUGAGGUGUUGGGGCGAUGUUUCUUGACAGUGGUGCAAGUCCAUUUCCAAUUUUUGACUCAUGCACUGCAGAAAGUCCAGCCAGUGGCUCACUCUUGCUUUGCCGAGGUGGUGCUGCCAGAAAAAAAGAGCAGCAGCGGUGGCAGCAGUGGCUUAUCUGGCAUGGGCCACACACCUGAACUGGAGGAAGCGGUGCGAUCCUGGCGGGGAGCUGCUGAGGCAACAUCUAGAUUAAGAGAAAGAGGCUGUGAUGGACGCCUGGCAGGAAUUGAAGUUCAACAACUCUUUUGUUCUCAAAGUGCAGCAAUUCCUGAGCACCAGCUAAAAGAACUGAAUAUAAAAAUCGACAGUGCUUUACAGGCAUAUAAGAUAGCUUUGGAAAGUUUAGGCCACUGUGAAUAUGCAAUGAAGGCUGGCUUCCACCUGAAUCCCAAGGCCAUCGAAGCAAGUUUGCAGGGCUGCUGUAGUGAGGCUGAAGCCCAGCAGACGGGGCGGAGACAGACACCCCCACAGCCCAUGCAGUGUGAGCUUCCCACCGUGCCUGUGCAGAUAGGAUCACACUUCCUGAAGGGGGUCUCCUUUAAUGAGUCGGCUGCUGACAAUCUGAAGCUUAAGACGCACACAAUGUUACAGCUCAUCAAGGAAGCAGGCUGCUACAAUGGACUCACACCUAGAGAUGAUUUUCCUGUGACAGAAGUACUCAACCAGGUGUGUCCAUCUACCUGGCGGGGUGCCUGCAAGACUGCUGUGCAACUACUGUUUGGCCAAGCUGGACUGGUGGUAGUUGACACAGCACAGAUUGAAAAUAAAGAAGCCUACGCACCCCAGAUCAGUUUAGAAGGCUCCAGAAUUGUGGUUCAAGUCCCAUCCACAUGGUGCCUGAAGGAAGACCCUGCAACCAUGUCUCUACUGCAGAGGAGCCUCGAUCCUGAGAAGACCCUGGGCCUGGUAGAUGUGCUCUACACAGCUGUGCUGGACCUAAACCGCUGGAGGGCAGGGAGGGAACAAGCUUUACCCUGUAUACAGAUCCAGCUGCAAAGGGAGAUCUGUGAUUUUGGGAAUCAGACUGACCUGCCUUCUGGAAACGGAAACAAAUCUUCAGGAGGCCUACAGAAGACAUUCUCCAAACUGACAUCCCGGUUCACCAAGAAAGUCUCAUGUACCAGCUCCAGCAGCAACACAAACUAUUCCAUCCCAAGUACCCCUUCCAAAAACAUCUUCAUGGCUGGGUGUUCAGAGGAGAAGGCCAAAAUGCCCAGCACUAUGGAUACUCGCUUACAAAGCAUUUUGAACAUCGGUAGCUUCCCUAGGACUACGGACCCUUCCCAGUCAGCUCAGAAUUCCAAUAAUCCGAUGGCCAAUGGUUUUCUCCUGGAGAGACGAGAGAACUUCCUGCAUGGGGAUGAUGGCAAGGAUGAGAAGGGUAUGAACUUGCCAACGGAUCAGGAAAUGCAGGAAGUGAUAGAUUUUCUCUCAGGCUUUAACAUGGGCCAGUCACAUCAGGGCUCCCCACUGAUGACAAGGCGUAAUUCUGCCACUACCAUAGUGACCGAGCAGAAGGCAGGAGCCAUGCAACCACAGCAGCCAUCACUGCCAGUGGCCCCUCCACCACGGCCAUCCCAGACUGGGGCACACACGCCUCUGACACCCCAGCCAGGUCUGGCACCUCAGCAGCAGUCCCCAAAGCAACAACAACCCCAGGUCCAAUACUAUCAACACCUGCUCCAACCCAUUGGACCACAGCAGACCCCACCCCAGCCUCGGGCACCUGGAAAAUGGGUACAUGGCUCAUCCCAGCAGCCAGCACAGCCUGUGGGAGCAGGCCUGUCUCCUCUUGGUCAGUGGCCUGGCAUAUCUGAUCUCAGCUCUGACUUGUACAGCUUGGGCCUCGUGAGCAGCUAUAUGGAUAAUAUGAUGUCAGAGGUUUUGGGACAGAAGCCACAAGGACCUAGAAAUAAUACCUGGCCAAACCGUGACCAAAGUGAUGGUGUCUUUGGAAUGCUGGGAGAGAUUCUGCCUUUUGAUCCUGCAGUGGGCUCAGACCCAGAAUUUGCACGCUAUGUGGCUGGAGUGAGUCAAGCGAUGCAGCAGAAGCGUCUAGCCCAACACAGUCGCCGACCAGGCAACCCCCGGAGCAAUUGGCCACCCAUGGAUGAUUCCCAUCGGACCUGGCCUUUGCCAGAGUUCUUCACAGAAGGGGACAGCCUACACGGUGGCUGGUCGGGCACUCAGGCCGACUCUGCCAGCUCCAGUGACGAGACCUCUUCAGCCAACGGGGACAACCUGUUCUCCAUGUUUUCAGGGCCUGACCUUGUUGCUGCAGUGAAGCAGAGAAGGAAACAUAGCAGUGGAGAGCAGGAAACCAGCACGCUGCCCUCACCACCUCUCCUGACCACAGUGGAGGACAUGAACCAGGAUAACAAAACCAAAACGUGGCCACCCAAAGCACCGUGGCAGCACCCUUCCCCUCUGCCCAGCACGCUGCCCAGCCCAGGUGCACCUCUCUAUGCAGUCGCCAGUCCCGGCAGCCAGUGGAAUGACACCAUGCAGAUGCUGCAGUCCCCUGUGUGGGCUGCAACCAGCGACUGCAGCACCGCCUCCUUCACCUAUGUGCAGAGCCCACCACAGCCCCCACCCCCACCAGCACACAAAGCAGCACCCAAGGGCUUCAAGGCCUUCCCUGGGAAGGCUGAGCGCAGGCCAGCCUACUUGCCCCAAUACUGACCACAGCUAGCCUGCCUGCUCCUCAGAGCUGUUAGGGCCAGUGUCCCCAGGGAUGACUAGCUGGGACCAGACCCCAAGAGGACCAGUGCAGCCCUGUCUCAGGGAGGGGAAUGUUCCUUGGGGUCAGGGGUGGUUGGCAGCUCCAAGUCUUUUAAAGUCUGGCUUCUCAAACAUCAAAGGCAGCAGACAUCUGGGAGCCAGCUGCAGGUGGAGAUUUAUGAUGCUCAGGGGGAUGCUGGCUAAUCUGUUUGCUUAAUAAGCACCUCAGGUGACCCUGAUGCUGUUGGCCAGGGCCACACUUGGAGAGACAGUCCUAAUGUCAGCUCUGCAUAUUGGGAAGGCUUGAAGCCUACAGGGUGAGAGCAAACUGACCAUUCUUGAAACCCUCUUCUGCUCUUUACACACUGGCUGGGGACCUCCACCUAUCACUGAUUGUAUAGCUAUUUUUCAUGUAGAUUUUCAGUUACAAUGUCUCCUGCCUAAAAUGCAUUGGCUAUUUUAAGAUCCCAGAUACACUAAUACACUGGCUGGAGAGGUUAGCUCAGCACUGUCUUUGUUGAAGCUUAUACAAAAUACUAGUGAUCAGAAGCAGUCAGCUGGCUUUCUGUGGGUGGGCAGCCCCUCUCAGCCCAGAAGCCCCCAAGGGUGCAGGCUUCACGAGAAUUGAGGAACUCCUGUUGGAGGUGUAUUCCUCAGAGUGCAGAGGAGCCCGCUGGCCCCAGUGGCAUGCAGAGGAGAGCGGUGCCUGCUGCCCUCAGAUCCCUUCACACAUGGCCAAGGCCUCACCAUGGUCCUCAAAGGGAGGAACUGGGAAGGGGCUGUACCAAGACCCCCAUUCUCAAAACCACAGUGACAUUUGCAAGCUGGCUCAAAAGACGGACGAAUUACCAUGUAGACAGGAUCUCAAAAUCUUUCUUUAAACAGCAACAACAAAAAAAUCCACCUCAUUUUCAGUUAACAUGUGCCAUUAAACAGAGAACAUACUGUGGAUUUAGGGAUAUUUUCCAGCCAGAAUGGAUCCAGAAGAAUUGAAUGGUGCUUAAAUUGAGAAAUAAUAAUAAAUAUAUCUAUAUAGAUAGAUAUCCCAUUGUAUAUUGAGGUUGCAGAAAGUUCUUUAUAUAAAGCUUAUUUAAAAUUUUCAUAUUUCAUCUUUGGAAACAUCUAAUUGAGAAAAAUCCAUGAUAUUUUCUGGUAUGAAAGUUUGACAGUAUUAAUAUUUUUUUUUAUAUUUUCUUAAAUCAUUAAACCAUUUUAAUAUAUGUUAACUACUAAUAAAUGGUUUAUUCUUUAUAACUCCAUAUAAACUUUUCCAAUGAAGAUUGUAAUAACACAUUUAUGUUCUCAUUUUUCUACAGAUAAAUUUAUAUUUAAAAAAAACCAAAAAGAAUAUAUAUGGACACACACCACACAUGCACACACACACACUACACACAUAAUUAUAGAGGACCCUUAGGGUGCCUGAGCCCAGCCACCUGAGUUUUUAGUACUGUGUCUCCAGGCUGUUCCAGGCCUCGGGUGUUGUCUUUUGUGCUGUGUGGGGAUACCAUUGCUGCCUGUACUGACGAUCCUUCACCAUGGGUUCGGAACAUUCACCUCACCAUGUUUACAGAGAACUAUUUUGUACAUAGAGUUUUCAGGCACGUGCUUUGCAACAACCCUGCGUGGCUCUUGUCUGUGUUAGCUGUCACAGUGUGCACACUAAUCUCUCUGUUCAAAGUUCUUUGUGGCUGUUUUACUUGUAAGAUAGUUUUCUAUUCCCUUCAGCGAUGUGUCCACAGUACCCUGUAUUUCCAGUUCUAAUAUACUGAAGUACUCUUGUUUUAAUAGUGCCUCCCCGAAGACCUCACCCUGGACCGAGGACAGUCCUCGAUGCCCCAGUGCAGGUGACAUUGCUAAUUGUCACUCUCCAGUCUGUUUUCUCUAUUAAGGAAGACAUUUUGUAACUGCAUCUCCAUGGCUGUGAGACUGUGUGAAACCGUUUGUGUAGUCUCCAUGUAGGUGCUGUGUUUCCAGCACCGCCUUGCUCUGAACACUGGUAAUUCCAGGUGCUGCGCUUGGCAGAGAUGUCUCGCCAAAGCGCAUGUAUGUGCGUGUGUGAGUGUGUGUCCUUUGCAUGGCCGGGCAUGGCUGCCUUGCUCGGGCAUCAGCAGGACAUCGUGUGAAUAGUUACAACGCUUCCAAACUGGAACUCUACGUUUUGUAUCUUACUUUUAAAGCUCCUAUAAGUAAAAUAACUAUUGGCUUUAUUAAAAAUAUACAUUUAAUAAUA